AUGUCGGAGGAGGAGUGCAUUUGCUCUGUGGGAAUGAAGCUGAGCUGGGACAUCAACGAUCCCAAACUCCCACAGGAGCUGAAACAGUUCGACUCGUUCCAGGAGUGGACCGAUGGAUACGUGAGGUUUAUAUAUAACGCAGAGGAUAAGAACGCACAGCGCCACCUGUCUGGCUGGGCGAUGCGUAACACUAAUAACCACAACUGUCAGAUCCUGAAGAAGUCGUGUCUGGGAGUGGUGUUGUGUUCGCGCUCGUGUGGAGGACUGAGGCUGAGACCGGCCAUCUGCGACAAGGCCAGAGGCAAACAGCAGAAGAGGUCGUGCCCCCUCUGCUCCUCCCCCCUGGAGCUGGUCCCAUGUCGGGGUCACAGUGGGUACCCUGUCACUAACUUCUGGAGGGUCGACGGCCGGAACAUCUUCUUCCAGGCCAAAGGAGUCCACGACCAUCCCAGACCUGAGUCCAAGUCCGAAACCGAGGCCCGACGCAGCUCCGUGAAGAGGAGGGUGAACUGUGGCCCAUACUCCAAAAGGAGGGACACACAGCUGUCUGGCCCCGCUCUCUUGCCCUGUGCUGAUUCGCUGGAGUACCCGCAGACGUUCCCGCCCUUCGUCGAGCCGUACUACGCUUCCCACAAUGCCCUGGGUGAAGCCCCGCCCCCCCUGCACAAAUCGCCAAAUCCCAGGCUCUACGUCGGUCGCCACGGAUACGAACUACAGAGUUACAUCACCCCAACAACCUACAACCCUGCCCAUGGCAACCCGGACCUGUGCGAGCCCAGAAUGCCUCCUGUCCUCCCCUCCUCCUCCUCCUCUUCCUCGGCUCCUCUCUCCUCCUCUAUGACCUACGACCCACAGUCCAAAGCCCCGCCCACUUCCUGGAACCACUGUUACCAUAGUGACUACCCCUGUCGUUUCCCCAGCAAUGGCCCGGGCUCCCCCACCGCUCUGCAGACCAUAAUAACCACCACGACUAAAGUGUCGUACCAGCCGUGCCCAAAGCCCGGCCUGUCAUCCUUCACUUCCUGUGUCCCGCCCCCAAAGCCUGGCCUUAGCUCCCUGUUGGACGAGACUGGUGCUGGCCCUGCUUACUCCACCGAUGUCAAACUGGGAGACGAAUCGGGCAUUAUCAAACCGUAUACCUGCGACACUCUUCCCGCCAAAACUGAGAGGGAUACCUACGACUAUCGCUACGGUUACGGCUAUCGCUACGACGACUACUGA